AUGACUACUUUUAGGCACGACGCCGGACCUGAUUUGUCCCGGAGUUUCAAUUCGCAAGAGAACGGAAGUUCACCGCGCACGCAAGAACUUCUCGGCCGAAUUUCCGACGGUAUCCGUGGGAACAAGAUCCUAGAGGGCGAGAAUGAGCGACUGGAGGCAGAGAACCAGAUACUCAGAGAGCAGAACGAAGAGCUGAUGGAAACAAAGACAUCGCUGCGUCGCGGCUUGGACGACCUUGGGCGGGUAGUCGAGGAUAUGGGGCAAAAAAGCGGCCGUCCAAAGGAGAGUAUCGACAAAAUGCGCCAACCGACUGCCGCCACCAACCAAGAUUCGGGUUGGUUUCCUAGAAACCUGUUUCGCAACACAGGAAACAGCCAGGUGUCUAGAGACACUGGGGUGAACGCGUUGCUCACGGAAAACACCAAGUGCAAGAAGCGGAUUCAAGAACUCACGGCUGAAAACCGUGAGAUGUCCCAAACGGUCGCCGAGCAAGCGAGUCAGAUUCGAAAACAGAGAGCCGAAUUUGCGCAGGAACUGGAUGACUUGAGGGACAAGGCUUUUGCCAAAGGUGUGAAGCUCUCCGACACUGAAAUUCAAACCAAGUGGAAGAUGCUCGGUUUCUCUAUUCGACAGUUUGUGUCAGAAUACUUUCCGGAACCCUUGGACGGGCACACUGCACAUCUGCUUGCUCAGAAAAGAUUAUUCACGUGGCUACCGCAGCCAGCCAUGACCUUACAGGCUCCAAUGCUCUACCAAGUCACCCUAGAGUCUUGGAUCUGGCACUUUCUGUGCUUUCGCAUCUUCGAUUCUCAUUCCUCUUUCUGGGCUGGGGAAGUGGGCAAGGCGUUUAGGAUCCAGUGUGAUCAGUUCCGAGAGACGAUCGCCAACAUUCAUUCUCCAACCUCCCGCGAUGCUGCGGCUGAGAAGUUUCAUGACUGGCGAGUUCGAUCGGCCGACCUGAUAUCCGCGCUUUCAAACCAUGAUGAAGCGAGCUCGACCGCCUUAUUAGUACGCGAAAUGGUCGCCCUACUCGAGCUGGCUAUACCAUCGACGUAUUUUACACGAAGCGAUGCUCUGCCGGGGAUGCAGCAAGACCUACUGGACAUAGUUCAGAACGCCGCUCACCUCGCCGGCAUCUUUCGAGCUUCAAAAGCAGACUUCCAGGUGUUCAUUACCCGAAUCAAGUUGCCUCUCGUCACACCCCCAAGUUUCGGAUUCCCGUUUGACGCCGAGACAAUGGAACUCUUCAAAGACGUGCCACUAGUCACAAUGGAAGGCACCAUGCCGGUUGUCGACCUGGUCGUCUCUCCGGGCAUCCUCAAGACCGGAAGUGCCGACGGCACAAACUACAAUUCAGACCGCGUCUUGGUCAAACUCCAGACCCUCUACAACCUACGACCCGUUUUGGAACUUCUUCACUACGAUGGAACGCAGCAACAAGUGCACAGGGGCGGGCAAGAGGCGCCGAUGAGCGCCGAAGACGGCUACACGAUGAAGGAGGAACAAUCGGCGGAGGCUGGUGCAGGCGUAAUCGUGGUCAAGCAAGAGCUCGAGGGAUGA